AUGGCCGAGCGUAAAUUGGAAUACUGCGAUCCUGUAAGAGAGAGCCAACGUAGACUAUUAAAGGAUGUAUUUGUCAGUGGUGUAGAGGAUCAUGAAAAGGAGGACUUGCUUGAAAACAUUGUCUACUCCAUACUCGAGGACGCUGAAAACCCUCUACUUGAUAUUGUUUCUUUCUAUCAGUGUUUACCUGAUCAAAAAUCAACUGAUUUGAAGAGUUUAACAGGUCGUGUUGUCUGUAUGUUUUAUAAAUGGGUUCACAAGGUAAAUCUCGAGGAUAUACAGGAGAAGUAUUUAACUUCCGAAGUCAAGGACGUUGCCUUCGUGGCGUUCUCUCAAUUCCAUUGUAGUUUCUUAGACAAGCUCGAGAAAAUUUAUUUAUUUAAUCAGAAUGGUCAUGAAAUGUUUGUGAAACAAAUUGAGAACUUGAGCCAAAAGCGAUUGUAUAAAGAUGCAAUGGAACUGGCAUGUCAUGCUGGAAUAUUUCAUAAAUAUGACGUUUAUGAUUUUGUCAUUCCCUUAUUCUUACAAGACAAAAGCCAAGUAGCCGUAACUGCUUUGCUGGCAGAUGAUCAAUGUCACCAUUUGAAAGUGAAACUUGUGAAGUUCUUGGAUAAUUUACUUGAGAAGGGAGAUGAUGGAAGUAGGAAGAUAUUAGAACCUUACAAGGAGUUGAAAAUUAUGACUUUGCCCUUCGAGAGAUUCCAAGGAAAGACUUUGGAGAAGCUUAUAGCUAGGGUGAUUGACGAGUUAGAUUUGGGAAAAGAAGAAACGUGUGCUCCAAGCUUCUAUCGUGGUCGUCUACUGGGAAACAUUCGAUAUCAGGUGUACGAGAGGUAUAAGGACGACAAAGUGAAAAGUGAUAUAGCAUACUUUGAGUUGCUGAAGCACACGAUUGACAGUACUAAGGAUAAAAUGAAAGUUCUCACCUAUCUCAUUGAAUAUCUAUUGAAGAACGAUCAUAUAGAUGAUGCCAUGAGAUGGGCUAUAGCUUAUAAUCGUCCUAUAGAUGCUCUCCCAAGUAUUCUACAGAAAGAAAUCAGAGAGAACCCAAGAAAAUUCGAAGAAGCAAAUAAGAUUGUUGAAAAGUACAAGAAUUCCAAUGUCGAUGAAGAGGCAUAUUUAGAGGAUAAUCAUCCCAUUCACAUGAUUGAUGAUUGGGAGGCAUUGAAAAAAUUGAUGGAAGAAAUAAAAAGAACAGAAUGUAUUGGAUUAGACUCGGAGUUCAAGCCAUGUAAUGGGCUCAAAGGGGCAGGUGUUGCGCUCUUGCAGUGCUCAUUGGUACAUGAGACCUACCUUGUGGAUAUUUUUACUUUGGAAAACAGUUUGGAUCAAGAACAAUGGAGGAUGUUCCUAACUACACUACUGUGUGGGGAUUCGUUGAAACUAGGUUUUGACUUCCUAAACGAUAUGCAAGCUUUCUUCAAUAAUCCUCCUUUCAAUCUUCUACAAGAUAUUGUGCAGAAAAGUAAUGUCAUCUGUUUGAAACGAUUGGUGGAGAAUAUUAUACAAGUUGAUGAAUUUUUCGUAGAUUUCACAAAAAUUUCAAAAAGUCAUGAUGGUUCCAUGACUGAUCAUGAGAUCGGAAAUGUGGAUAUCGUUCACUUCGGGUUAGGAGAUUUGGCAGUUGUGUUCUGUGGAGUUCCAUUGAAAAAGGGUGAACAGUGCAGUAAUUGGAAUUUGAGACCACUUAGAAGAGAACAGAAAAUAUAUGCUGCUAUGGAUGCUUACAUUGUUACCCAAAUUUUCUCCAAAAUCAAACUUUUGGCUGAAGAACGAGGACUCGUUUUGGAUAACUUCGUUGCGGAAUCAAUCGUGAAUUCAUUGAAGAAAGCUAAAGUGAAAAAGGAUAAAGUGAAAAUUGAUGAAAUGGAAUGGGCAGAAUGUAUUGAAGCACUGAACAGCAAAGUUAUCGGAGAUACAAGUAAUCCUCGCAAGCCGAAAGAUCUCAAAUGUAUCGUUGAUAUGAUGCUCAUAGGCUUAGGCAAGAAUUUGCGGCGGAUUGGCGUAGAUGUUGUAAUGUGUGAUUCGAAACCUCAAGUCAGUUAUGAGGCCGCUCGAAGACCUGAACGAAUAAUUUUUACUGCUGGCCGAUCAUAUGAUACUCUUCGGAUGACAUUCCCAUCUCGAGUAGUUUGUAUACAAAAUGUCGCAUGUAACCCAUUAGCCCAAUUGAAGAAAGUUGUUGAGAAGUACAACCUCGUUUUUGACAAAAAGGAUAUUUUCAGUCGUUGCAUAGAAUGUAAUUGCGAGCAUUUCUUAAGAGCACCUUCAAUAGUUCUUCGUGCAUUACACUAUUGCCAGGUAGUUUGUGCAGGACCUUACCAUUUCGAUCCUUUUGAUUACAAUGCUUGGUUCGAUAAACUUCAAGAAGCAAGCAAUGCGAACACUAAUCCUAUUUCUUUCCGUAUUGACAGGUCACCAGAUUCAGAGGAAUGGAUCUCUGUUACUGUUGAAGAUGGAGUUGUUGACAUAACAAGAAAUAUAGUUCUUCAUCGAAGUAGAGACAGUGGCAUUCCAUGUGCGAUUGCUAAAGUUCCUGAGCAAGUUUUUCAUUAUGAAAAUCGUUUCUUCUACAUUUGCUGCCAAUGUGGCAAAGUAUACUGGGAUGGGAAACAUAAAGAUAUCUAUAGCGAGACUAUGGAAAGUCUCUCAACCAACUUCAACGCGUUAAGAAUAAAUUCUACGACUGAUUAG